ACGCUAUGGGCUAUUGUCCCGGCCUCUUUAGCACAGCUUGGCAAGUCGGUAAAAUCCCUCUUCUGCACAGAGCGACAGUGGGAAUGUGCUCAUAACACGUUGGACUAUUCACUGGUAAAGCCGCAGUCGCAGCAAGACAUAAAGAAAGCCUGUGUACCUGGACAGCUUGAAUCAUCUUGGCCACCUCCACCUUAGUCUUUCCCUUCACUGGCUUCCCGUUCACACCUGUGAUUUCAUCCCCUGCUGCCAGCGUCCCAUCCAGAGCUGCUGGAGUGUUAUCAAAGACCUGGGAGACAACAGCAACCACAUUAGAAAAGGAAGAAACACUGAGUCUGUAUAUAAAGACCAUCUUCAAACAUCUUCCAUCAGCGGCAGGACUGUUCACCAGCAUCCAUUAUGAGCAUGGAACUUGAGCUGAAAAAUGUAUAUCUGAGAGUUGGAGAUAAAGUGAAAGUAAAGGGGGAAAUUCUGCAUGAUGCUGCGAGAUUCCAGAUCGACCUUGGCCGUGAUGCAGACGACCUGGCAUUACACUUUAACCCACGUUUCCAUGACGACGCCGAUGGAGCCGUCCUUGUGUGCAACUCCAAGACGGGUGGUUGUUGGGGCGACGAGAAACGGGAAAUACACAACCCCCUGGAGAGGGGCAGUGAUGUUAAGAUUGUGUUGAAGCUGGCUGGAGACGUGUUUGAAGUGGAGCUUCCUGAUGGACAAGAAGUCCAGUUUCCCAACCGUACUGAUAUGGACGUCAUCAGUUACGUCAGAGUCACAGGCGACUUCAAACUGAUGUCCUUCAAGAUCUGCUGAGACCCAAAUGCUGUGACACACUAUGUUUAACAGUUUGGUUGUAAAUGAGAGCCAUUUAUUGUAAGAAAUGCUGAUCAUUAAGAGAUGUAGAUCUUUAAUACAUGGGAAAUGUAUCUUUAAAUAAAAUGUCAUGUUGUGAAAAAUACUAUAAAGUGUUUAAAAUUCAAA